ACGAGAUCCCACCUAUAUUUUACUAACCAUGUUUGGACUUGAGUCUCGAAUCCAUCUAUAUACAUAUCACUGACCCCUCUCUUCCGUUCUUCGAUGUACUGAACAGAAGCGACAAAAAUGGAAGGAAUACAACAAACUUACGACAUUGUCAUCUUCGGAGCCUCUGGUUUCACCGGCAAGUACGUUAUCCGGGAGGCCCUCAAGUUCUUCAAUGUACAGUCCUCUCCAUUGAAGUCCCUCGCUUUGGCAGGUCGAAGCCCAUCCAAAGUAGCCCAAGCUCUCCAAUGGGCAUCUCACCCCAACCCUCCGCCAGAAAUUCCCAUCCUCACUGCAGACAUCACCGACCUCGCUUCCCUCCACCGGAUCGCCUCCCAGGCCAAGAUAAUUCUCAAUUGCGUCGGCCCUUUCCGUUUCUAUGGCGAGCCAGUCGUGGCGGCUUGCGUCGAUGCCGGAUGCGAUUACCUUGAUAUCUGCGGUGAGCCGGAGUUUAUGGAGAGAACGGAGGCGUCUUACCACGAAAAGGCGGCGGGGAAGGGCUCUUUGGUCAUUUCCGCUUGUGGGUACGAUUCUGUUCCUGCCGAAUUGGGCGUGAUGUUCAAUUCCAGGCAGUGGGUUUCGCCGGCGGCUCCGAAUCGUGUGGAGGCGUACCUGAGUUUGGAGUCCGACAAAAGGGUUGUCGGGAACUUUGGAACCUUCGAGUCGGCCGUUCAUGGGGUGGCUAAUGUUGGCAAAUUGCAGGAGCUGCGACGUUCUAGACCUAGAAGACCUCGCCCCGCUAUUCCUGGUCCACCUCCCAAAGGACCAACAUUGGAGCACAAAAAAGAGUUAGGGGUUUGGGCUGUGAAGUUACCAUCAGCUGAUUCGAUUGUAGUUAGGAGAACUCUUACAUGGUUGACUGAAAAUCCUGGAGGUAUACCAGGUGUUGAUGAAAGCCCUCAACAAAUUGAAAAGCGGGAGGCAUUCUGGCGUGUAGUGAAACCAGCUCACUUUGGCGUGAAGAUAGCGUCGAAAUCUCUGCUGGGUGUGGCUCGUUUCAUAACAGUCGGGAUGUUUAUAGGGCUCUUUGGUAAGUUUUCCUUCGGGAGAUGGCUGCUUUUGAAAUUCCCUUCUGUGUUUAGCCUUGGGUGGUUCAGGAAGAAGGGUCCAACUGAAGAAGAGGUGGCGAGUGCUUCCUUCAAAAUGUGGUUCGUUUCGCAUGGAUAUAGCGACGUUUCUCUUGCAUCGCAAGGGAACAAGAAACCCGAUAUGGAAAUUACUACCAGAGUAAUGGGACCUGAGAUUGGCUAUUUGACAACUCCUAUCGUUCUCGUUCAAUGUGCCCUAGUUCUCUUGACACGCCGUGGUGACUUGCCUAAAGGUGGCGUUUUCCCUCCCGGGAUUAUAUUUGGCCCGACAGAUCUCCAACAACGGCUCCAACAGAACGGGAUGUCUUUCGAUUUCAUUUCGAAGAAAGUUCUCUGAGACACCUUUAGUUGUACUCUUAAGACAAACAUCAAUGUUUCUCUAAGCCACUGUAGGCCUAAUAAUAUCUGCAAAUCUUUAGCAGUAUUUUUGGUGUUUAUUGAUAUGAUUUUUACAGAA